CUGGUGUACCCCGCGGACUGUUUACGAAGUCGGACCAACGGAUAUCUGCUAGUUGACAGGGAAAAGUAAAAUGUGUUUGUGUGUUGUGUAGUGAUCGAGCAUCUCUCUAGACUCUGUUUUACUCCGCGGGUUGUUUCUUCUCUCCUGAAUCUUUGAGUUGAUGAUCAAAAAGAAAAUGUUCGCGGGGCUUCCGGAGCUCGGGAUCUCUAACGGAGAGGAUCUGAAGGAAACUCUCACGAACUGCACAGAGCCUCUCAAAGCCAUCGACCAGUUCCAGAUGGAAAAUGGCAUCCUGCUGCCGACCCUGCAGUCUGCUCUCCCCUUCCUCGACCUCCACGGGACGCCUCGCCUCGAGUUCCAUCAGUCCGUGUUCGACGAGCUGCGAGACAAGCUGAUGGAGAGAGUGGCCACCAUCGCCGAGGGGAAAGAGGAGGACAGAUACAACAAACUUGAAGAGCUGCUGGAGAAAAGUUUCCCUCUCGUCAAAAUGCCAUCCAUUCAGCCCGUGGUGAUGCAGGUGCUCAAACAUCUACCCAAGGUGCCGGAGAAGAAACUGAAGAUGGUGAUGGCGGAUAAAGAGCUGUACAAGGUGUGUGCUGUGGAGGUGAAGAGGCAGAUCUGGCAGGACAACCAGGCUCUCUUUGGGGACGAGGUCUCUCCUCUUCUGAAGCAGUACAUCGUGGAGAAGGAGGCGGCUCUGUUCAGCAGCGACCUCUCCAUCCUGCACAACUUCUUCAGCCCUUCUCCCAAAACACGACGUCAAGGCGAGGUGGUUCUGAAGUUGACACAGAUGAUUGGGAAGAACGUGAAGCUGUACGACAUGGUGCUGCAGUUCUUACGGACACUCUUCCUGAGAACGAGAAACGUGCACUACUGCACGCUGAGAGCCGAGCUGCUGAUGUCUCUGCACGACCUGGACAUCAGUGAGAUCUGCUCCGUGGACCCCUGUCACAAGUUCACCUGGUGUUUAGACGCCUGCAUCCGAGAGAAGUUUGUGGACGGGAAACGAGCCCGAGAGCUGCAGGGUUUCCUGGACGGAGUGAAGAAAGGACAGGAGCAGGUGCUGGGAGACCUCUCCAUGAUCCUGUGUGACCCGUUCGCCUGUAACACACUGGUGCUGAGCAUCAUGAGGAACCUGCAGGAGCUGCUGAGUCAGGACAGUUUGCCCAGGGACAGUUCGGACCUGAUGCUGCAGCUGAGGAUGCUCUCGCUGGGUCAGGGGGCGUGGGACAUGAUUGACAGCCAGGUCUUUAAAGAGCCUCGUUUGGAUCUGGAGGUUGUGACCCGCUUCCUGCCCGCCAUGAUGUCAGUGGUGGUGGAUGAUCACAUCUUCACGGUGGAGCAGAAGCUUCCCAGUGAGGAGAAGAGCUCUCAGUCGUACCCCACCACCCUGCCGGACGCCUUCAACAGGUACCUGCAGGAGAACAGAGUGGCCUGUGAGAUGGGUCUCUACUACGUCCUCCAUAUCGCCAAACUGAGGAACAAGAACGCCUUGCAGAGGUUACUGCCUGCUCUCGUGGAGACCUACAAUGACAUGGCCUUUGGAGACAUCUUCCUGCACCUGCUGACCGGACACCUCACGCUGCUCUCGGACGAGUUCGGAUCAGAAGAGUUCUGUUCAGUGGUCUUCGAUAGCUUCCUUCUGACUUCUUACUCCAGUAAAGAGAACGUCCACCGACACGCUCUCCGCAUGCUGCUGCAUCUACACCACAAAGUUCUGCCGUCCUGCCUGGAGACUCUGCUGAAAACUCUCGAACCUCCUAAGCAGAGCAGCGAGCCGGUGAAGGAGCUCUACACUCAGCUGACGGAGAAGCUGGAGGCCCAAAAGAAGAGCCCGCCACCUCCGGAGGAAGCCCCAUCCCUGGAUCUGGGACUGCACCCAGUGACCGUCCCCACCACCGCCUCCACCCCGACCACGCCUCUCUGAGACACGUGCAGAAAGAACGACAGGACGGAGCGUUGAAAACAGCCAGCGCGUGGAUCUCUCCAGAAAGACUGGACGUUUGUUUGAUGAAUCUUUAGAUGUUUGUCUCUGACCGUGUAGGCCAGCAGACGAAUACUUUUCUUCACUUUUCAUUUCAUAACUUUGCUUUCUGAUGUUACAUUCGAGUUUCUCAAACUGUAAAUAAACUCUUAUUUGGAAAAA